AGGCGACUAUAUAUUGAUUGCGUUUGAUUAAGCAAGGAGUGGUAAUUCAUUAUCGAAUUUUGUCUAUAAUUGACUGCCAUAGAAUACUGGUAUGAACAGUGAAGAUCAGGAGGAAAGAGGCGCUAUGCAGUCGAGCGAUCACGUUGAAUUCAGAGAUCGUGUCCGUAAAACUCUUUACUAUGGCCAAUAUUCGGACGGAUCGCUUCCAUCUUUGGCAGUCACAGAUGUUGCAGUGGAAGUCCUUGGUUCUGUUGCACCCACAGACAGAAAGUGCUUGGAUACAAGCUAUGCUAUGGUAGUUUCACGGAGAGCCAAGAUAUCUCCCUGCACAUUGAUGAUGGGAAUUCUUUACUCUGAGCGUUUACGUCAGAAGAAUCCUGAGUAUCUCAAACGAGUUUCAUCCUCUGACUUGUUCCUGAUUUCAAUGAUGGUUGCAUCCAAGUAUUUGUAUGAUGAAGGAGAGACGGAGGAAGUGUUUAAUGAUGACUGGGCCAGAGCAGGGAGCAAAACUGUGAAUGAUGUAAACAAGCUUGAGGUGGAAUUCCUAGCAUCCAUUGACUGGAACCUUUUUGUCAGCAAUCAAGAAUUUUUGGAUUUUGUCAACAAAGUGGAGUCCAGAGUUGCAACUACUCAUGGACUUUCCCGUGGUUGGUUCACUUAUGGUGACUUGAGCACAUUACUGGAUAAUACCAGGUUUCUUGGUACUUUGGGUGUUUUUAGACUUGAAGUAUUGAAGGUUUUUUCUGCGUGUGCCUUGGCGUAUGUGUUCAGUUUGUCUUUGGCACUGUCUGUCACUUCCAUCACCAAUCAUUAUUGUCACCACAGUAGUGACAUUCAUCAGAACUUCACUCCCUCUGUGCAGACACCAGUCUGUUUAACCACCCAAUCUGCCUGCAGGUUUCAUCAUUUAGCAGAAAUGCCUAUGCGAGGAACAGAAGUGGCUUUGGUGGUUGCAAAGAGAAUUCAAAUGAGGCAAAACCACUCUGAGACUCUACUACAGCAAGUUAGAAACAUCAAGACCCAACAAGGACUGCUGGGAAAUGAAAGCAGUUCUCCACUUUCUUGCAAUUGGAAACCCUCAGAAUUUGUAUUAAACAGUGCAGUGCAGGAUUCAAGAAACAAAGUCCAAAUGAAGAAGCUGAAAACUCCUAAAGACACCACUGAAGACUUAAGACUUUCCUCUACCCUUUUUACCCAAAUAUUAUCACAAAAGCUUCUUUUGCUUAACCCAUGUACCUCAGUUUCUCUUAUGGACAGCUUCACAUCAGGUCAUGUUCAAACUAACUUUGUGUUAUCAAAUGCCUCAGGUGCAAUGGGACACAGUGACUGGCUGAGAAGCCAUGCAAAUGGCAGUCUUAUUUGUGUCGCUUAGGAAGUGAUGCAUUAUUUUGAACCACAUCAAUAGUAAAAAACUAGGGGUGCUGUCAGAUCUCUGGGGACAACUUCUACUUACUGAUAACUCUUUUCUAAGUAGCAACUGAAUCUAUAGAGUUGUAAAAAUAAGGCAAGGCCAGUUGUAAAGUGGUUUAUUUUGGAGUCUUGCCAGUCAAGUGCAGUUGAAUUAGUUGAAUUCUUAGAUUUAGAUGGAAGCUAUGAGAGGGUUUUAGUCAUGGCUUGGAGCCUUCCACAAUAUAUUGUUUGGUCUUGGUUUCUCAAACAUUUUCAAGUUCCAACCAUGUUAGUGUUGGGGACUGUGGUCAUAAUGAAAGGUAUGAGGCAAAGAAUGUUUUAAAACAUAGAAAUGCAGUGUUAAUUCAGAACCAAAUUUGGUUUAAGGUAAUGUCAUUGGUGUGACCCAAGUUUGGGAUUUACAAUGUUGAAGAAAAUAUUCAAGUGCUCGUAAUUGAUUCCUUGUGUGUAUGUUGAUGUUGUCACUGAAAGUUGGUUAAAGAACUCUAUUUGAAUAACAUAUAUUUUCCUUGCACUAAAAAGUAAACUUACUCCUCCUACGUUAUUUUUUGACAAACUUGAUAUCCUGAGUAUCUACCAUAAAAGGCAAUAUGAUUUUACAAA